AUGGAUACGUCGGUGCUUCUUCUUGUGCUCUUCGUCUUUACCCUCCUCUGCUGCCUCGCCCUUCUCCGGCGAGCUGCCCGUGCUCCGGCGGCCGUCCAGCUGCCAACCAUUGAGAUCAGCGACGCCGCCGUCGCGCGCCGAGCGCUCGUCGACUACGCCGACGUCUUCGCCAACCGCCCGUUCUUGCCCUUCCCCGUCGCCCUCGUCACCGGCCGCCGCCGCCGCCGGAGCGACAACCUCACCUCCGUCCCGUACGGCCCGCACUGGCGCGUCCUCAGGCGCAACCUCACCGCCGGCAUCUUUCACCCCUCACGCCUCGGCCUCCUAGCGCCGCUGCAACGCGACGCCGUCGACGACCUCGUCGCCGGCAUCUCCGAGUCCGCUGCCGGUGGUGCGGUACCGGUCGUCGUCCGCGACGUCGCCUACGCCGCGGUGUUCAGGCUCGCCGCGCGCAUGUGCUUCGGCGACGGCGUCGGCGAGCGCCAGGUGCGCGCCCUGCGGCGCGUGAUCCGGGAGUUUGUGCUCGACGUCGGCGUCGCCAACAAUGUGUUCCCCGUCUCGACGUCGACGGCGCUGGCGAGGCUCCGGCGUUGGAGGCGGAUACGCCGCCUCCUCUCCUCCCGCCGCCGGCAGGCCGAGCUCUAUCUCCCUCUCAUCGACGAGCGGCGGCGGCGGAUGGCCGCUCGACGCCGCGACCGCGACGACGACGGCGGCACGUUCCGUCCGUACGUCGACGCGCUCAUCGAGCUGCGCGUCCCCGGAGACGGCGAGAGCACUCCGGCUCCGCUCACCGAUGACGAGAUGGUGAGCCUCCUAAUGGAGUUCCUCGCCGCCAGCACGGAGACCGUCGUGUCGUGCAUCGAGUGGACACUCGCGCACCUCGUGCUCAACGCGGAGGCGCAGAGCAAGCUCCGCCGCGAGGUCGGCGACGGCGAGCACGUCCAUGGGCGCCACCGCGGCCGCACGCCCUACAUGCGCGCCGUGAUUCUCGAGAGCCUCCGGCUGCACCCGCCAGUGCCGUUCGUCAUACGAGAAGUCGUCGGCGGCGCGGCGCCGCCGGUGCUCGACGAGCUAGCGGCCAUGCCGAUGCCGGGCGGCGGCGCGCGGGUGCACUUCGUGAUCGGGGACAUCGGGCGGGACAGCAAGGCUUGGAGGGAUCCGAAGGAGUUCCGGCCGGAGAGGUUCAUGGCCGGCGGCGAGGCGGAGGGAGUGGGCCCGGUGCCGGGGCCGAAGGAGGUGAGGAUGAUGCCGUUCGGGGCGGGGCGGAGGUCGUGCCCGGGCAUGGGGGUGGCGAUGGCGCACGUCGGGCUCUUCGUGGCGGCGCUGGUGCGCGAGUUCGAGUGGACGCCGGCGGCGGGUGGCGGCGUGGACCUGACGCAGCAGGACGACUUCUUCAACGUGAUGCGGACGCCGCUCCGGGCGCGCGCCACGCCACGACCACGCGCUCCCGCGUAAUAAUAUCGUAUUCCCUCUGUUUUAAUAAUGGGAUGAUAUAUGUGCCAAGCCUGCUGAAAUUUUUUGAGAUAUCAGCUGUAUUUCCAGCCAUAGGAUAUGACACGUGUCAGCAUCUCCCACC